GGAGGCGGCACAGGCAGCUCAGCUUCAACAGGGGUGUCAGCAGGACCGAGCAGCCAAGCAGGAUGAAGCUUUCCAUGAUCAUCAUUUUCUGCUCCCUCGUCCUGGGCAUCAACAGCCAGGGAUGGUUAAGUUUCCUUAAGGAAGCUGGUCAAGGAGCCAAAGACAUGUGGAGAGCCUACUCUGACAUGAGAGAAGCCAAUUACAAAAACUCAGACAAAUACUUCCACGCCCGGGGGAACUAUGAUGCGGCACGAAGGGGACCUGGUGGAGCCUGGGCUGCUGAAGUGCUCAGUGAUGCCAGAGAGACUUAUCCGAGACUCACUGACUUUGUUAAGCAUGGAGACAGCGGCCAUGGAUCGGCGGACCGAAGGGCUGACCAGGAAGCCAACAGAUGCCGGAGUGGCAAAGACCCCAAUCGCUACAGACCUCCUGGCCUGCCUGCCAAGUACUGAGCUCCUUCACUCUGCUCUCAGGAGACGGGGCUGUGAGCUCCCUAAGGGCAGGGACCCCGAGUCACUGAAUUCUACAUCCCCAGAUGCUGACAGAG